AGCACAUGUUACCUCUCAUGAGUUUGUAAACAAACCCUCCAGCGGCUGUGUGUGCAGUUAUCGGGAGGACAAACCCUGGAUGCGAACUGCACCUGCUAUCAAGAAGAAGGGGCUGUGCAGUCUGUCUGUGUCUGUCUGACAGUGUCUGUCGAACAGUGUCUGUUUGGCGCCCAGUGUGGCAGUGUUUGCUGGGCCGGCUGUACCAUCAAAGAUGAGCGAGGAGAUGGAAGACGAGAAGACCAUACAAUUCCAUGAAAUGGGCCUGGACGACCGGAUAUUGGAGGCCAUAGCAAGAUUAGGAUGGAAGGAGCCAACCUUGAUUCAAGAGAAGGCUAUCCCAUAUAUUCUGGAAGGAAAGGAUGUGCUGGCCAGGGCUAGGACUGGAUCCGGCAAGACUGGAGCAUUUGUUAUUCCAGCUAUUCACAAGAUUCUUGAAGGAAAACAAAAGGCAACAGAACAGACUGUACAGGUCCUAAUUUUGGCACCAAGUAAGGAGUUGUGUAAACAAAUAAAAGAAAACAUUGGUCAGCUGACAGUUUCAUGUAAACGUGAGGUGCGAUUUGUUGAUGUUUCUCCUCAAGUUUCCCUGGAAGCUCAGCGUCCUCUCCUUGUGGAUAAACCGGACAUCGUCAUUGGAACACCCAUGAGGGUUUUGGCCCAUUUAUCUGCUGGCAACUUGAAGGUCAAGGAAUCCCUCAAGUUUCUGGUGGUUGACGAAGCUGAUCUUAUGUUUGCUUAUGAUCACCUAGAGGAUAUCCAGGCAGUGUUAAAGCAGUUACCAAAGAUUUACCAGUCAUUUGUGACUAGUGCUACGAUGUGGGACGAUGUGAAAGAUCUCAAGAAACUGGUCAUGAAUAAGCCUGUAGUUUUGAGACUUGAGGAGCCUCCAUUGCCAACCACUACUCAGCUUACGCAAUAUGUCAUUAAGUUGGAGAAGAUUGACAAGGUUAUCCUGAUCAAUGUUCUGUUUCGCCUGAAUAUGAUUCGCGGAAAGACAAUCAUCUUCGUUAACAAUGUUGAUACGGGCUAUAAGCUAAGGAUGUACUUAGGACAGUUUGGAAUCAGCUCUUGUGUACUCAACUCUGAAAUGCCAGUAGCCUCAAGGUGUCAUAUAGUAGAGCAGUUCAACAAUGGCAAAUACGAUAUUAUUAUUGCCUCGGAUGAACAGAUGCUGAAAGCCCAAACAAAUAAAAAGAAUGCAGAAAAUAAAAGCAAAAGGAAGAAAGACAAAGAAUCUGGCAUUGCCCGUGGUAUAGACUUCCAGUUUGUUUCCAACAUUAUCAACUUCGAUUUUCCCCGUGAUGUUGAUGGCUAUAUUCACCGUGUUGGACGAACUGCUCGAGGAAACAAUCAGGGCACAGCUUUAUCUCUGGUUUCUGUUAACGAAAUGGAAAUAUUCAAGGAAGUAGAGGCCAAGUUGAAGGAACUGAUGCCUGGGUCUGAUUCUGUGUUUAAGGACUUUAAAUUUGAUACAAAACAGCUUGAUGGUUUCAGAUAUCGUGCUCUUGAUGCUUGGAAACGUUGCACUUCAAUCGCUAUCCGAGAAACGAGGAAAAAGGAACUUAAACAGGAGUUGCUCAAUUCCAAUAAACUAAAAAGUUUUUUCGAGGAUAACCCAGGAGACCUUAAAGUUCUUCGACAUGACAAAUCAAAACAUGGGCUUACUCCUAUGACUCACCUGAAGCAUGUGCCUGAGUAUAACAUUCCUGUUAAACUGCGGAAUGUGUCGAGGGUUGUCAACAGGAGGAAAAUUAACAAGAAAGCUCCGAAAGCUGAUAUGGACAAGGGCAAAUUCAAACGAACUACAAAAACCCAGCAAAAAUACAUGAAAAGAAAAGCUGACCCUUUGCAGAGCAUGGAGUUUUCUGGAUUCAAGAAGCAGAAAACCUGAUUGUCAGUAACAUAAGUUAGCUGUUUGUUGAUUGAGAUAUUUUCAAUCUAGUAUCAUAAAAUUGUUUAUUAUAUAGUGCAUUUCUUGUCAUGAUUUGUUGAGGAUGUUAAUGGUGCAUGGUGAGAGGAGAGUGAUCCUUUCCCAGGCACAGUGAGGCAAGGAAUUCUUCCUGGCAUUUGUGUCACUUUAUCUGCACUUUAAAAUUCAAUAAAUAUGUUGAAUUUA